ACACUUACAGAUUAAAAAAAAAAAAAAAAAAAAGCCAGCUGCAUUUCCACACACCUUAACGUGACUGAUGAGCUUCCUCUGCUAAAAUGACUGCAGCUUCCUCACCUGAGAUUGAAGUCAUAACAUGGCCUAAAAUGAGGAAAUUGAGCACUAAUUAUGUUAGAAAAGAAUGCAUUCAGAAUUUGUUGUGUAAGUUAAUAAUAUUAGAAACAAACCAGCUGCUUGUGUUGCUGCCCAAUCAGCUGAUCAGUCAAUACACUUUCUAGUGCAAAGUGGUGCAACUGAAGCUUUUGCACGGAGAAAAACUUUAGUUUUCUUGCUCCAAGCUCCUCUGGGAGCUUCCUCUCUCCUCCUUGAAGGGAUUGGAACAACCACCACAGUGGUGGACAAUGAUCAAUUAUCCCGUCAUCUGGUGGAGGAGCGAGGAAGCAUAAUUAGCAGAGUGGAAGGCACUGAGAGUUAGCACUCGGGGGGAAAAAAAACAGAAAAAAAAAACAUAGCUGAUGAAAUUUGUAGAAACAGAGUUAAGUGGAGGCUGAAACUGGGGGAAAAGCUGAUGACACAGUUUGGAGACUUUCUUGUUUUUCGUGUGUAAUUAUUCAGAAAUGAAUACUUGUUUCACUGUGUUUGUUUUCUAAAAAAAACUACAUUACAACGUCCGAGGCACGAGACACGACACGAGCGUAAUCUUUACUGUCACCACACUGGCACACGCUGCGACGCUGGCACCGCAUCCCGCUAACAACCACAUGUCCGUGUCAGCGCCUCUGAUGAGCUAAUCUAGCGGCCGGCGUGGCGACGAGAUCCCCAGCUGAGAGAUGGCCUUCCUCAAGAGCUUCCAGCAGAACCUCCCAUCUGUCAACAUUUCCUCCAUCUUCGACUCGGUCACCAGCCGCGUGGACGACCUGGCCAACGCCGUCAGCGACGUCACCUACGCUGUCAGCGACCAGCUGACGGAGCAGGUCACCACCAUCAUCAGCAAGGUGCAGGAGGACGAGGACGGGGAGAAUGGCGGCGGCCAGGAUCCCGGGCAGGCCUCGGCCGCUCAGGAGGGCAAGGCCGGCAACAAAAGCAUGUGGCAAAUGAAUAGAGACUCUGACGCUGGUAACAACCAAGCCAGCGACACGACAGAGGCAGAGAACCACUCAAGUCAGCUGGAGUGGGAAUGGAGGGACGGGUGCUGGCGGGUUAAAAAGACAGAGGCCGAGUUGGCGGAGGAAGAGAAGAAGAAGAAAGAGGAGAAGGAGCUGCAGGAACAGAGAGAACAGAGGAGAAGGGAAAGGAGGGAGAAGCAGCUGGAGAGAGAAGCUAAGAGAAGCAAAGAAGAGGGACAGCUGGAGGGGGACGAUGCUUUGGAGAAGACGGGUGAAGGUGGUGGACAAGACAGAGAGGCGAGUGACGGCGGAGAAGAAUCAGCCGCCCGGCAAGGACGCGAUGGCUGCGACGAAACCGCCGGUUCACCCGGCUGUGAAUCCAAACCUAAAGAGAGGGAGCAAAGGGACGACGGAGGAGAAAAGGAAGAAGUGGAGGACGACCCCGAGAGGGAGGGAGACAAUGAGGAGGAGGGCGAGCUCUCCAGAUCUCCUUCUAAAACCAAAAAGAAAAAAUCCACCAAGAAGAAGGGAAAAGGCGCAAAGGAGGGUCAGAAGAAGUCGGAAAAAGCUGCAGAUGAGGGGAAAAAGAAGGAGAAAGGCAAGAAAGGCAGCAAGAAGAAGAAAAAGAAAGGAAACCCAGACGGGGUGGUAUCAGACAGUGAGGAGGACAGAGGCCCCGAGGCGGGGGCCCAGCAGAACGCUACGUCCACGUGGAGCAAAGCGCCCGCUGAGCAGGGAGGAUACAGCAGCGAGGCGUCCAGCGAGCGAGCCAACAGCAUCCAGAGGAUAAAGAAGGACUCCUCCCUCAGCGAGCUGCAGCCUCCUCCGUACCAGGACGAGGGCUCGGGGGCGCGCGUGUCCUCCCGUCCUCGCUCGGAGCGCGGCGUCAGGAGGGCUUCGUCCCCGCAGCGCUGCGAGAGCCCCCGCUGUUCCAGCGAGGCCAGCGGGGAGGAACAGGACACCGAGAGCUACCUCAACAAAGGCUGCGAGGAGGACAUCCCCAGUGACAGCACUGCUGUUCUGGGCCCAGAGGAUGGUUCCGGUCCUCAGCUCCCCACCGCGUACGAGCCGGAGCCCUUCGCCAAAUACGGCACGCUGGACGUGGCCUUCGAGUACGACUCCAGCGAGCAGUGGCUGGCCGUCACGGUCACCGCCGCCACCGACAUCCCGGCCCUCAAGCAGACCGGCAACAUCUCGUGGCAGGUGCACCUGGUCCUGCUGCCCACCAAGAAGCAGCGGGCGAAGACCGGCGUGCAGAAAGGCCCGUGUCCUGUCUUCACGGAGACGUUCAAGUUUUCCAGAGUGGAACAGGAGGCCCUGGGGGACUACGCCGUUCGUUUCCGCCUGUACAGCAUCAGGCGGAUGAAAAAGGAGAAGGUCCUUGGGGAGAAGGUGUUCUACCUGACUAAGCUCAACUUGCAGGGCAAAAUCGCUCUGCCUGUCACCCUGGAGCCCGGCUCUGAACUCGCAGGUUGCGGCUCUCUGGUGAGCGUGUCACGAAGCGCGGGAGCUGUGUCCUACCGCUCAACCGAAGACUCGUCCAUGCCGGAGAUCCUCCUGGGUCUCAUCUACAACUCCGCCACGGGACAGCUGUCGGCCGAGGUCAUCCAGGGGAGCCACUUCAAAACGGCCGCAUCUGAAAAACCCGUCAACACAUACGUGAAGCUGACCAUGCUGGACUCCAAGGGGAAGGAGAUGUCCAAGUGCAAGACGGCCGUGUGCCGCGGCCAGCCCAACCCCACCUACAAGGAGACAUUCGUGUUCCAGGUGGCGCUCUUCCAGCUGUCCGAGGUGUCCCUGGUGCUGUCCGUGUUCUGCCGCCGGAGCAGCAUGAGGCCCAGGGAGAGGCUGGGCUGGGUCUCCCUGGGCCUCAACAGCACCAGCGAGGAGCAGCAGCAGCACUGGUCGGAGAUGAAGGAGGCGGAGGGACAGCAGGUCUGCCACUGGCACACGCUCACGGACACAUAGGACGGACUGUGAAGACGAGGCUGGACUUUUUAGAUUUGCGGAAGAGCAGGAAGCACCUUAACAGCUGCGUGUUGUGUGUGUGUGUGUGUGCGCGUGUGUGUGUUGCGUACAGGUGUGAGGAUGGGCAUGGGUUCCCAGUCUUCACUGCCAGACUGCAUGAAAACCCUUUAAUCUGCCCACGAUACUGGGUGAGGUGUAAACUUCAGCCUUUUUUUACUAGCAGGAAAGAAAAACAAAAGCGACGACAGACUGAAAAUAAAUUAGAUGGACAGAAAUAAGGACAGAAGUUGAAUCUGCAUGCACUCUCAACUGUUUACAUUAAGACACUUCCAAACGUUUCCUGAAUCUUGGACCAAAGAGCUCGGUCCGGGACUCCUUCCUCCUUUUUCUGGGCUUCUCUGGACUUCAGCUGCCACCAGCAUACCAGACAUUUCUCUAUCGCAGCCACUGGCGAGAGAAACUGUUGUGAAGACUGUUACAAAGGGCCUACAACAUGCUGCAACUACGCUUACAAGCUAUGCUUUGUACAGUCUGUUUACAUGCACAUGACAUUAUGCAAGGUCUAGUCAGUGUUUUCCUCUUUUAUGUUGAAUUAUCAGUUUUAUUGCAGUCACUCUGGACUGUGUUACACAAAGAGUUGUUUUUUUUUUUAUUGCAUAACUCCAUACACUAUGCAUCUGCCACUUUAAACGAGAGGAAUGCAAUACUUUCUUGAGCUUUGCCCGGUCUCUUACGGAAUUGGACACAGCUCCGCAUGCCACCGGUAUCAAAGAGCAGCUUCCCUUCCCCUGUGUAGUACAGAUUGAGCCUGUCUCACCAUUCAGCCUUUUGACAACUCAGCCAUGUUCAUUCAUGUAGAAACACGGUGCUUCCCUGCUGAGGAGGAAUAUGCAAAGGCCUGCGCAGUCCAAUAAACCCGGCUGUUUGUGGGAGGCAGGUUCAACGUUUUCUCACUUCCAAGUGGACGGUAAGUGUGUCAUAAAAUAAAUGCUAAAUUAAAUUUGCGAGAAAUUAAACCUGCGACGUCUUAAUGUUGGAUCGAAGCCAGUUUUAAAACCCUCAUCUCAAAGCUAUGAGUCAGAAAAUCCCCCAGAAGACGAGUGGAGGCUCCACAGCCACACCCGCGGUUCAGUGAAUGAAACCCUCUCCCCUCUCUCUCUCUGCUGGCUGAGGCCGAGGGGUGUGGGAUACAUUUCUUUCUACUUGUCCCAGUGACGUCAGAUUUAGGUUAGGGGUGAUGCAGCCGCACCUCGUCCCUUCAGUUCUCCUUUUAAAAGUCACAUUUUAUUCCCAUAUUAUUCAGAAUUUAAUGAAAACGAGAAGUCUAGCAUUCCUGCCAGCGGGCAUUUGUUUUAAGAACGGUUUCUGCAUAACCAGCACUUAUAACCCCUGAGGGGAUAAUAAAAUAUUUUGGAACUUUCUUGCAGUUUCUUAAAUGUCUGUAAGGCUAAUCUGCGAGUGGAGCCAGUAGCUGGUAAACAUAGCAUAGGGUAAAGACUUACUCUGCCUUAAGGUAUCAAAAAUUCAUUUACUUGCACUUCUAAACUGUUUUCGUGGCGGGUUACAUCCUGGACUAUUUCUUGGCAAGUACCUUCCUGGAUGUGCUAAUUAACACCCAAGAAAUAGUCCACGACACGGACGAACAUAUCCUCCUGAAAAAUGGCCGAAAAAAGUGCCGUUUUUAUACUUUUUAUUUUUUUAACACACUUAACUAAAAGACAUGCAGCUUGUUUAUUUGUGUGUUUUAGAUGUGCUAUAGGUUUUGUCAAAUUCGGACGAAGCCAAAACAGCUUUAUUGUCAUGCUAAGCUAACUUGAAGCCGACUGUAGCUUCCAUACUAAAUGGUCAUGCAUCUGACAUUAAAACUCCACCAGAGGUCUGUGUAUUUUAGAAAGUCGACUCAUCCUUCAGCGUUAUGUCUGAUACUAUUUGUCCUGCACGUCUGAACAGUUUUCGUGGUCCCUCGUACGCUGGACUAGCCAAGAAAUAGUCAGAUCCCCCUGUGAACUGACACUUUGCUUUCUUAAGAUUAGGGCUCGGAUUACGGUUAUUAAUUUGUGAGAUUUAGACUUACUGGUAGUUUUCUUAACUGUGCAGAGCUUUUCCUUUCUAGAGUCUUAAUGCUAAGCUAACCGACCACUAAUGCUGGGUACAUAUUCCAGGAGCGCGCUUUGGAAGAGUGAUGGGAUACACGAAUGAGUACAAGAGUCGAGAUAAAUCUUCUUAAACAAUGUUGAGAGAUUUUUAUUUCCAUUCAUCUGGCCUUCAAUGGUAUGUUUGACGUUGUCGUCACUCAUCAGCCCGGUACAGUGCGAGCAGCGCUGCAGGAGGCCGGAGCCUCGCCCGCCGCCGUGGAUCAGACCCAGGAGCACAUAGUUUCACAACUUUUUACACACCUAGCAGAGUGACUGCGGCCCUCCGGGCAAAUUUAUCCUCACUCCGAGCCACGGAAAACCAGCUGUGCCGCAGAUCCUUGGGGGAGGUGGGGGGGGGGGGUGGCCACAGGGACAGUAGGAAUACCAGCCGACCCAAACUGCACCCUGAGGGCCGGUUAAGAGUCAGCCAGGUAAUUACGGGGCCCCUUGAGCUCCAAUAAAACUGCUCAGAUGUGACGAGCGGGUGAGGAGUCUCCUCCAAGCUGUUUUCUUUUUCAAGCUCGGUACCGUAAAAAAAAAAAAAAAUGGAAAUUUGGACUUGUUUUAGAAGUCUUGCGCACUAAUUAAGAAUCCGGAUUCUUGUUUAUUCCUCCGUGGAAAAAGCCUCGAGUCGACAUUUCAUUUCGUUACAGGACAGUGGUAGAACACCUGGAGCAGGUACAGGUUCAUCUUCCAAAACUGAGUUUAUGACAUGACAGGUCAAGGCCUCUGACAACCACACACCUGAGCCCCCCCCCCUCCCCGGGUCAGCAGCACCAGAUAGUUUUCCGUGGCAAUGAAAUCUGACUUCUGUGUGAGUUGGAAUAAUAAACUACAAUGUCUCCUCAUGUUAUUGCAUGUGUCAUUUUCAGUUUUAAAAAAAAAAAAAAAAGAAAAGAUUUUUUUUUUUU